AUAGUUUUGAGGCUGAGAACGGAUCCUUUUUUGAAUAGAGGCACCACAUUAGCAAUUCGCCAGUCUCUCGGCACUAUGCCCCACAGUGUAUAGUCCCGUGCAAUAAUCAGGGACACAGGUAAGUAACUCAAAUAACACCUUUUAGCCCUUUAGAGCAUGAUUAAUGCCCCUAUUCCCACCACUGCCCCGUCCUAAGAGCCCCUUACAAUACAGUUCCCCAUCCAAAGUCCCACAGAUGCCCCUUCAUAUAAUCUCCACUACAGGAAUAAAACCCCAGUCCCAUACAUUGGCCAUCAGAGGUCCAUAAAUCUCCAUUUGCACCAUUUAUCACAUGGCUUAUCAUCAUGGAGCUGCUGUAUCCCCCAUCCCAUAUAUCUACAACUGAUGCUGAUCAGCCAACGCACUCUGGGCCCCCUUCCCUGCUGAGCCUGAAGGGGCAGUUUGUGCGUAGUUUUCGCCCUGUUUCUCCAAUGUAUUUGCCUCCUGUAGGGCACUUAGUCAUGUCCACCACAUUGGAGGAAGCACACAACUAGUAGUCCUGAAUUGUCCAGAAUGUUUUUGUUGUAUUUGGUUUUGCAACUUAAACUUCGCACAAGAUGUAUUUGCAUGUUUUACAUCUGUUGCUGUUUUCCUCGGACUAAGAGCUUGUCUAACUAGUCUAACUAGUCUAACUAGUAUAAAGACAAAUAAAUCACUCAGCCAGUGUUAGAUUAUUGCUAGACUUUCAAUGUCUUAUUAUUAGUUGUAGCCACAAAAGACGGCGUUUCCUGCACAAAAACUACACGUUAUGCGUUAGAAACACACUGAUGCAUUCGUUCUUUCAACAACCGUACCCUAUGUUUUCUGCCCCCCAGAUUACCAUUCCUCCAGAGGGGAAGGAAGGGAGAAAGGAGAGGAGGGGGCACCUAGAUCAUUUAUAUGCUGCUCUCCAUGCCUUGUAGGGCGUAAUAAUUGUUGAGGAGCCCCUAUCGUAGUCAGUAAGUCUUUUGUAGGGUAAAUUCCUAAUGGCCCUCCAUGAGCCGACCAGAUGGGCUACAAGAGUCUGGGCUUCUCCUCUUUCAGAUGGAACCAUGUGUGACAUGUUAAAGUUGACUGGAAGAGAAGAAUAGCAAUAAGUGGGACAAUGUGAGUCCAUCCUGGUCCACUGGGGCGGCCAGGAUUUUCCAGGACAGGCGAAGUGCUUUAAAGGAAAGCGGUCAGCAUAGUUGUAAUUAGGGUCUUAUUUAAGCAACAGCCCCCCAGCACCACAUAAAUCCCACACAAAUCAGCAUCACAUAACUAGGGUUGCCACCUCGCCUGCAUGGUGGCAAUGUUAUUAAUAGGGAAAAACCAUAAAUAUAUUUCAAGACCGGUAUUUAUUUCCAGAAAAGGUGACAACCCUACGCAUAACCCAGGAAGCAAUGGGAUCCCCUCAAAAGAUUUAACCCUCCACUAACUCAACGGGCUCUUUCUAAUACAGUAGCCUUUUACAGUAGGAUUAACCCUCUCAACCCACAUAUGCCUCUUCCUUGGGUUUGGGCAGGAAAGAAAAACGGCAGGGAAGGGGUGUGACUGGCUUCAUCAACAAUGGGCGGGGACACAACUGCAGAGUUAGGGACUGUCUGCAAAUUCAACGCUUUCCGUUAUAGUGUUAAUAUCAGCGUCUCCUCCUGUCACACCCCAGGCUGGAACCAACAUUAACCAGAUGUCUACGUCCUGUGUUUAUUCUCCCAACAUCCUCGACUGCUCAGGAACUUUCUGGGUGGGAGUCGACAGCUUUUUUUCUAGAGAACUUUUUCUGUCGUAUCUUUCAACCUGCUCUCAUCCCAGGGAACUACUUGUGUCUCCCCAGUAUCCUCCAUUCCUGGGCAACUUCCUGUGUUUAUCCUCCCAGCAUCCUCCAUUCCUGGGCAACUUCCUGUGUUUAUCCUCCCAGCAUACUUUAUUCCCAGUAAAGUUUGUUGGUUUAUCCUCCCUUCUUCUUCUUCCAGUGAGGCUCUUGAAAAUGGAUCUCUUCAUGGUAAAGUUUAUGUUGGACACUGACAGGUCUGGACGUUACAAUCUCAGCAUUCCCUGUGGGCACCAACCAACCAUCAUGAAGAGUUAAUAUUGCCCCAGAGCUGGAGUGACCCAAAAGGACUUGGGUCAGGAGCCAAUCAGAGCAGAAUGGAAGCCAGUGAGGACUAUAUGUGUCAGUUAGCGGAUGAGUUGGCAUUGCGCAUCCUCUGGUACCUUGAUGGCAAGGAGAUCCUGCAGGUGGCACAGACUUGCCGGCGCUGGAGACAGUUGGCUGAGGAUGAAGGUCUGUGGCAGGGAAAGUGCAAGGCUCGUGGCAUUGAGGAGCCGCUGUGUAUAACAAGGAGAAAGGCUAAAGCCUCUAGAUCUGGUCCAUGGAAAAGCUCUUACAUCCGUCAGCUCAGCGGUGAUACCAACUGGCGCCGAGGGAAGUUCAAUAGAAUAACUCUUCGUCUAACUAGUGAGAAUUGUCGCCUUUAUUGGAUGGCAUUUAAUGGGAAGGAAUUGGUCGGUACUUCACAUAGGGAAAUAAUUAAGAUCUGGUCGGCAGUUACAGGCGAGUGUCUGAGGACCCUUGUGGGACACACAAAUAGUAUCACAGAAAUACAAAUGAGAGAUCACAUCAUUGUUAGUGGAUGUGAGGACGGGACAGUAAAUGUGUGGAAUGCAGAGAGCGGGGAAAGUCUACACACCCUGUGCGGCCAUAUUGAUUACGUGCACCAUGUGCAUCUCCAUAAGCAAAGAGCAGCCACUUGUUCCCUUGAUUGCACCAUCCGGGUUUGGGACAUUGAGACAGGCCGGUGCUUACACGUCCUAUCAGGGCACGAAGCUGCUGUCACAUGGGUUUGGUAUAAUGGACACAGGUUGAUGAGUAAAGAUUUCAGUAACGUAGUGAAGAUCUGGGAGCCUGAGACAGAGACCUGUUUGCUGAGUGUUUGUCUUCACUCUGGUGCAUUCACUACUCCACAGUUUGAUGGGAAGCACAUAGUCAGUCUCUUGUUCGAAGACAGAAUGAUAGGCGUUUGGGAUGGGGAGACAUUACAGCGCACCCACACAAUAACUGGGGAUAAGUCCUACACUCCUGUGAUGACUCUGCAGAACAGCAUUCUGGGAGUGGCAACUACUGGCCGCACUGCUGAAAUAUGGAACGUUGCAACUGGGCAGCGAGUGAAUCUCCUGACACAUCCGGAUGGAUUUGACCUCCGCCAGCAAAGCUUAGUUCUCCGGGGGGAUUUCCUCAUAGGCAGGACUGACACUGGGAGGGUCUCAUUGUGGGACUGGAGAACGGGGACAUUUCUGCGGAAUCUGUUUGUUCCAAAUACAGGAGAAUCUCUUGAUCGGCAUUUACUUGUCUCCAACACAAAGUUAAUGUGUGUGGUUGCAGAUACAUGGCAAGGAAUAUUUCGUUAUCCAACUAAGGCGGUGGUGCUGGACUUUGAUGUAAAGGACUGGGCAAGAAGAAAAAUCUGUUCAGUCUUCUGAGCUUGGCGGCUCCUUUCUGACUCCCCAACCUGAUAAAAACAUUUAUGUCUGUAGGGAAAAUGAGUGAUUGACAGAGCAGAAGAUGGAGAGAAUAGAACAACACCUUAAAGGGGAAGGAAACCUAGUCGGUGCAAACCCCCCAACCCCCUCCCG